AAGUGAUUCCGAUAAGAACUAAAAGAAGAGGGUCGGCGGUCUUUACUUUUCCACUGGCAGAUAGGACAUUUGGCUAUCACAGAAAAUAUUGAGAAAAAUUAAAGCAAGCGCGGAGAAGUCUGUUUUCGAUUUAAUUCUCUUUCUCUCUCGUGCUCUCGUUUACCACUUUAACGCCGCUUUCACUCGUUCCACCGGUCUUGCUGUUCUCUGAAGCGGGGGAAGAUGGGUGGGUCUGUAAAGGAUCUUCAGUCAAAGCAAGAGCUCGAUACUGUGCUUCAUGAGGGCUCACCGGUUAUUCUUCACUUCUGGGCAUCCUGGUGUGAAGCUUCCAAGCAGAUGGAUCGACUCUUCUCCCAUCUCUCCACGGAUUUCCCGCAUGCCCAUUUCUUCAGGGUUGAAGCUGAGGAGCAACCUGAGAUAUCUGAAGCAUUUUCAGUUUCUGCAGUACCUUACAUUGUCUUCUUCAAAGAUGGCAAGACUGUGGAUACAUUAGAGGGUGCAAAUCCAUCUAGUUUGGCCAACAAAGUUGCUAAAGUUGCAGGGUCUGUCAACUCUGGAGAAUCUGCUGCUCCUGCUAGCCUGGGGAUGGCUGCAGGACCUGCUGUUAUUGAAUCAGUUAAAGAAUUUGCCAAGGACAAUGGCUCUUCCAAGUUAGAAUCAGGCCUCAGUGAUCCAUUGAAAAAUCUCUUGCAGCAACUAAUCGAGUCUCAUCCAGUCAUGCUUUUCAUGAAAGGAAGCCCUGAAGAGCCAAAAUGUGGGUUUAGCAGAAAGGUGGUUGACAUCUUGAAGGAGGAAGGGGUCAAAUUUGGAAGUUUUGAUAUUCUAACAGAUAAUGAUGUUCGUGAGGGGUUGAAGAAGUUUUCCAACUGGCCAACCUUUCCACAGCUUUACUGUAAGGGGGAACUACUUGGUGGAUGUGAUAUUGCAAUAGCAAUGCAUGAAACUGGAGAACUCAAAGACAUUUUCAGAGAUCAUGGGGUUCUAACUUCUAGUUCUGAGGCAAAAGAGACUGACCCAGAAAAGACUUCAACAACCUCUUCCUUGGCUGGGAAAGGUGGUGUGACUGACUCCACUGGCUUGAGUGCAACCUUGACCUCUAGACUGGAAAGUCUCAUCAACUCGGGUCCAGUCAUGCUGUUUAUGAAGGGGAGACCAGAAGAACCAAAGUGUGGUUUCAGCAGCAAGGUAGUUGAGAUUCUUCAACAGGAAAAGGUGGACUUCCAGACUUUUGACAUCCUCACUGAUGAUGAAGUACGGCAAGGGCUCAAGGUUUAUUCUAACUGGUCCAGUUAUCCCCAACUAUAUAUUAGAGGUGAACUGAUAGGAGGAUCUGACAUUGUGUUGGAGAUGCAGAAAAGUGGGGAAUUGAAGAGGGUGUUAACUGAGAAAGGCAUCUCUGAAAAACAGACUCUUGAGGACCGGCUACAGAAGCUAAUCUCAUCUUCAACAGUGAUGCUCUUCAUGAAGGGUACCCCAGAUGCUCCUCGAUGUGGUUUCAGCUCCAAGGUUGUGAAUGCUUUAAGGGAAGAGGGGGUGAGGUUUGGGUCCUUUGACAUUCUAUCUGAUGAGGAAGUCAGGCAGGGAUUAAAGACCUUCUCGAACUGGCCAACCUUCCCUCAGCUUUACUACAAAGGUGAGCUGAUAGGAGGUUGUGACAUUGUAUUGGAAUUGCGCAACAGUGGUGAGCUGAAGUCUACCCUAUCUGAGUAGUACCAAGAUCAACCAUCCAAAUUGAAAGUGUUUCUGAAAUAAUGCGGACACAACCUUCACCGUGAUUAUUUGAUGAAGUCCAUUUCUAACUGUGUUUGGUGUUACUAUACGUGUUUGAAAUAGGAAUCGUGUACUUCAUGCUUGAUUGAUAUUCAGUACUUAAGCCAGGACUAGAUAUGGGCAUCCAUGAAAAAUUGAACUAUCAAAAUUCAUACUCAUAUUGGUUCUCUAUGCUAACCUCUUGUUAUUA